AUGGAGGCGGUGCGCGCGCAAAUUGAGGAGCGCCUGGCGCCCGUGGUGCUGGUGGCAGGCACCCCGGCGGCCGAGGCGAUCCUGGCCGCGAACAACGGCCUCAGCAUUGUCGACUUCCUGCGCCCCCAGGCUCGCAUCGCUGGGAUGAACGUCCCCAUCCGUGUGGGGGAGUUCAGCUCCCGCGUGAACGAGCUGCAGCUGCGCCUGGUGCCGUACACUAGCGCCUACCAGCCCACCCCCGAGGUGAUCGAUGAGCACCUGAAGGGCGUCCUGACAGCAGCCGCCCAGCAGCACGCCAGCCUGCAGCCUGUGGCGGACGUCGACCGCGCCGCUCGCACGG